AUGUUUACCACUUUCUGCAACAAUUUUAUCCAUGUAAAUGAUCCAUAUCGUAGCAUCUUCCCAUACUGGAGAGAUGCUGAUCAUUCCACGCUGCAUGUUGGCAAUGAUACGCAAAAGGUUAUCGACGAUGACAAAAAAUUCGCUGUUUCACUCGAUGUCUCACAAUUACGUCCCGAAGACUUGAAGGUGCACCUGGACGGCAGAGAACUUACUGUGGAAGGAAAGCAAGAGCACAAGUGUGAAAACAGCUUCAUACACAGGUCAUUCAUCCGCAAAUGGACUCUACCCGAAACCGUAGAUUUGGAGUCCAUGCGUACGCAGCUCAGUGACAAAGGACACCUAUGCAUUGAAGCUCCAAAGGCAGACCGGGAAAGACCAAACAGGAGAAACAUCCCAAUUAUGGCUGCUCAAUCAAAAAUUUAG